CAGAGGCGGCGGGAAGGGCCGUGUCCGUCGUAAUAAGUUCUGAUGAACAAGACUGCUAAACAGGACUAUGUAAGGGAGCAAAAGAAUGGUCCAUUCCCUUUCAGAGCAUAAAAGAUGGGGCAGAACAUAUGUUCAUAGGAACAAAAAUCCUCAUUGCUGUGUUCAAGAUUUUCAUUAUGAAGUUAUUAGUAAUACUGUUAUUUUCUGGACUUGUCACUGGUUGUCAAAGUAACUCCUCCUAUAGUUUGCCACCUCAGUUAUUGCUGGUGUCUUUUGAUGGCUUUAGAGCUGACUAUUUGAAGAGCUAUGACUUUCCUCAUCUCCAGAAUUUUAUCAAAGAAGGUGUCUUGGUAGAACAUGUUAAAAACGUUUUUAUCACAAAAACAUUUCCAAACCACUACAGCAUUGUGACAGGCUUAUUUGAGGAAAGCCACGGUAUCGUGGCCAACUCCAUGUAUGACAAAGGCACAAAGAAACAUUUCUCCGAAUUUAAUGAUAAGGAUCCGUUUUGGUGGAAUGAGGCAGAGCCGAUUUGGGUGACCAACCAACUUCAGGAAAAUAGGUCUAGUGCUGCUGCAAUGUGGCCUGGUACUGAUGUGCCCAUCCACAAUACCACACCUUCCUAUUUCAUGAAUUACAGUCACUCAGUAUCAUUUGAGGACAGACUAAAUAACAUUACCACCUGGCUCAGCAGUUCCAACCCACCAGUCACCUUUGCAACACUCUAUUGGGAAGAACCAGAUGCAAGUGGCCACAAAUACGGACCUGAAGAUAAAGAAAACAUGUAUAGGGUACUGAAAGAAGUAGAUGACCUUAUUGGUGACCUUGUACAAAAACUCAAGAUUUUAGGAUUGUGGGAAAACCUUAACGUCAUUAUUACAAGUGACCAUGGGAUGACCCAGUGUUCUAAAGAGAGACUGAUACAUUUGGACUCCUGUAUCAAUGACUCAAGCUACAGUGUUAUAGACCUGACUCCCGUUGCUGCAGUUCUCCCUAAAAUCAAUACAACAGAGGUUUAUAAUAAACUGAAAACCUGUAGUCCUCACAUGAAUGUUUAUCUUAAAGAAAACAUUCCUAACAGAUUUUAUUACCAGCAUAAUGAUCGAAUUCAGCCUAUCAUUUUGGUUGCUGACGAAGGCUGGACAAUUGUACUAAACAAAUCGUCAUUAAAAUUAGGUGACCAUGGUUAUGACAAUUCCUUGCCUAGUAUGCAUCCGUUUCUAGCUGCUCACGGCCCUGCAUUUCACAGAGGCUACAAGCACAGCACCAUUAACAUUGUGGAUAUUUACCCAAUGAUGUGCCACAUUCUGGGAUUAAAACCACAUCCCAAUAAUGGGACCUUUGGCCAUACUAAGUGCUUGUUAGUGGACCAGUGGUGCAUUAAUCUCCCAGAAGCCAUUGGAAUUGUUAUCGGAGCACUGCUGCUAUUAACUGCUCUCACGGGCCUCAUAAUAACCAUGCAGAACAGACUCUCUGCACCCCGUCCAUUUUCCAGACUUCAGCUGCAGGAAGAUGACGACGACCCUUUGCUUGAGUAAUCUGCUGGGAGGUAGGGGUCAUAUUCAGAGUGUUUUGGCUGGAGUAUCUGCUGGGGGUUAUUCAGAGUGUCUUUUGUUUGAUUUCAAAACUAAGGAUCCAUCCAAGGAGUGGUUUUGUAACUGUGAAAAGUAUCCUUCAACAGACAAAAACCAAGCAUGUUAAAAGUCUUUUGUUUCUCCUUUGUUUUGUUUUGGUAUAUUAGCUAAUAUAAAUAACCCUGUUAGGAGUAGAGCUGGCAGGAAAUAAGUUAUAACUAUCUGUUUCUUUCACUAGAAAUAGUUUUUUUGAGAAAAAUACUCCAUCUGCUCCCUAUUUUUUUCAGUGGGGAUGAUACAUUAAUAAAAAUGCACCAAAGUUUAUUAGGCAUGUUUUUCUAACAAAUUUAUAUAUUUGUACAUGAAAUAAAAAGAAAUCUUUAAGUAAUUUGUGAAUUUUGUGCAUCAGAUAAAAGGUUUAUUUUUAUAUUUACCUUUGAUUAGUUUGUAUCUCAAGCAAACUGUUGAGGUGGGAAACCCUGUGAUGUUGAUAACAUUGAUUAGCCAGAUAGAAAAAGCAUAGCUUAUAAAGGAACCAUGUUAAAUCAAGCUGUUCCAAGAACAUAAAAAAUGACCAUGUGACACACAGCCUGAGUUAUCACUCUUGGGUCUAUGUUAAGGCCCUUAAUCUACUGAAGUAUCAAAAGUUGUAUGUCUUAAGCAGGACACUGUGGCACAUACCAGAAUCAUAGCCCUUGGGGGCUGGGGUAGGAGAUUGUGAGUUUGAGGCUUGCUCGGGCUACAUAGAAAGACCAUGUCUCAAAACAACACAAAGGAUUACAGCUAGAUUGUAUAUUUUAGAGAUUAUUGUUAUUAAGAAAUUGAGAAGAGAGUAAAAUGUUCUUUCCUUAUUUGUAUUUAAUGCCUUUGUGUAAGUUGUAUGUUUGCAAGCGUGGACAUGCAAAUGUCAUGUGACUUAUGGAAAAGCAGGUCAGAGGCACUGGGCUGUGGUCAGGCUUCUGAUCUUUCUUCAGACACAGCUCUCAGGAGAGGUUCUUUUGUGCACUUACUUUGACUUAGUACCAUAGUUAAAAUAUCAUUAAUUUUUUUUAGCAUUUUUAACUUUUACAUAUUUAUUGGAAGUGGUCAAAUGCUGUAGGAAAACUUACGACUGAAUGCCAAUCUCACUAGGUCAGAAAGAGGACAGAAUCUUCUGUUUGCCUCCUGGACUCUACACUUCUACACAGUAGACUUAGUAAGAAACUUAGUACAGUUUAAUAUCUUCUGAUCUUUGCACCAGCUACAUAUUAAGUGGCAGAAAAUCCUUAGUCUUGCCACUUCCAAUGUUCUACUAUCUGGAUCACAGAAAUACCUCCUGUAUUCAUAUCCGUUAGCAUACUCAUCCAGAACCAGUGGUGUGCCAUGAAGAAUUGUUACCAUACCUUUGCUAAGUGGGACCAUAGAAUCAUCUAAAUUAAUAUGAAGAAACUUAGAUUGGCAGCUUAAUGAUGCCCAUUUGGGGAAAGCCCCAAGACACCUAAUUAACAGUUACAGAGUAGUCUUUUAAAGUUGUUAUAAUGUACAACCAACUGGUGGACAGGAACCAUACAGGCCAGUUAGGUGUUGAUGGUGAUAGUAACCAUACCAUUGUCAGUCACCACACGUGGAAUUCAUUGUGUUGGGCCACUGCUCACUUCUGAGUUUGAUACUUGGUUUCUCUUAUAUUCAUCUUUCAGAGGCAUUUCUACACACAGCAGAAAUGCAGAUAGUUGGUCAUAAAUUGGCCACAGAAUAGGACCGAUGUUGUUUGAUCAUACAUUUUCUGAUUUGUUGAGACAUUAAACAUUUAUACUAACUGGUUGAUGUAAAUAAAACAAUGGAAACGUCCUUGUCUACUUUAAUUUUCACUUAAAAAUCACAAAGGAAUAUUUAUUUCUUUUAAGCAAUGGACAUUUUUGAAAUGCCUAACUGCAGAGUAUUUAAUACAAGUUGAGUAGAGCUUGGACCGUACAGUGGUGUGAGUUUAGUGAUGGCAUUAAUCCGAUUGGUUGUCAUGCAUGCUGUCAACCCAUGAGGAGAAUUUAUAAAGGAUGGAAUAGGAAAGGAUGUCCUGGAAGUGUCUUAACCCUUUCAACAGGACAUUUACCCCUUUUGUCUUUUCAGUCCAUUCUCAAAUGUUAGAAUUAGGUGACUUUUAAAGUGUUUGUUCAUGAGACAAGAAGAAUAUUUAAUCAAAGUGAAGUUUAUUUAUCACCAUAUUAAACUUUGUGUUAAUUUAUUUGUACCUUCAAAUAAAUUUAUUACUGCUAAGAUCAGUGACUCCCAUAGUACUAUGAGGAAACUGUUCAAAGCUAGCCCUUUUUGUAAGGGUUUUGAGUGCACCUUGUUAAAUGACUAAUAUGCUGCUCUGAUUUGAUUUAGUAGAAGUGUUUGGCUUCAGGAAAUGUUUUAGCUACUGAUAUUAUAUGUUUCUGUGAGGUUGUUGAGUUGAUUCAGAAUAAAAGAAGAGAUACUUGUGCUGCUAUUUUUAAUGCCUGUGUUCUUGUAGACAGCCAUAGAAUAAAGAUAUUGCCAAUGUCCUGUAGGCUUGGUAGUAUUUUACUAUUAUGCUUUCUUUAAGAUUUCACAGAUCAGUUCUUGAAUGUUGAAGGAUUAAAACUGCUGUGCCUUGUUCAUGUGGGUCUCCCUCUCUUGCUAUCUUGUAAGCUUUAAGGGUUAUUGAAUUUAAUUCCUUUUAUCUAGAGGACUGUUUUGUUCUUAAGAUAUAAUGUUAUAAAUGAAGGACAAAUAUUACAUGUCAUUUCUUAAAACAACAUAGAUAAAAUAAGUGUGCUAUAAGGAAAUGUGUAUGUAGUGCCUUAAGUUAAAGUACAGUAUAUUUUAACUAUGUAUAUAUUGUUUGAAUUCAUAGCUAAUGACUUUGCUCAUGAUUAAAAAUGUAUGUAAAUGUACCAAAGCAUUUUUAUUGUAAUUGUUAACUAUAAAAUGUAAUUGUCAAUGGCUUUUUGUCACCUUGCAAAAUAUACAUGAUAUGAAAGA